AGCAAGUCCACCUCCGACACGCCUCGCACUCGCAGCCGGCCAUUCCUCCCAAUGCCACCGCUCACCUCACACCCGGCCACCCCAACCCCCGCAGAGCAAAACACCUUUCCCUUCCCCGCGCCGCACUCCUUUCCGCCCUUCUUCACCCUCCAGCCCAACGCUCAAACCCUUCUCUCCCAGCUCCAAAAAUGGUCCGCCCUCAUCCAAGCAUACUGCCGGCAUCACCGCCUCUACCGUCUCUCCCUCGUCGAUGCCCUCGAUUCCCCACUGUUUCACAACAAGCAGAUCCGCAAACGGCUGAGCCUGGUGGACGCACGGAGGAUUGUGGAUUGGAUGUGCGGUGCGCAAGGCGGUCGGAGAGCGGAGUGGGUUGGUGGUGAGGCGGGAGGGAAGAGCGUAGCGUGGAUCUGGUGGCGGAGACCUGAGGAGUGGGCUGGCGUGAUUGCUGACUGGGUCGAGGAAACAGCGCAGAAGAACACUGUUCUCACGCUUUACGAAUUGACAGAAGGGGAGGCUACGAUGUCGCAGGAGUUCCAUGGCAUGGAUCCAGAUGUGCUGCAGAAGUCGUUGCAUGUUCUGGUAAAACGCGGGAAGGCCCAGGUGUUCGGGAAUGAAGACCAGCAAGGCGUGAAGUUCUUUUGAAUGAUAUACGAUCUUCCGUUGAUUACAGCGGAAGAUGGAUCCUAACGACGAAGCAGAGACCUUUUAUCAAUGCCUGCCAUACAAAUAUCACAAAAUAAGACCUUGGCCACGGUCAACGGUGAUAUGAUACAAUUCAUCUAAUCAACAGUUGCCUCGGCACACGCCGGUGUGUGCAGGGAUCUUAACAUAACCAGGAUCAAUUGCCGGAUGCUGCCAAAUCUUCUUCCUUCCACUCAUACUCAUCUUUCCACCGCCACUCCUGCGACAUUGCAAUCUCCAACAGCCAAUCCGUGCGCACAAUCUUAGGGACUUUUCUUGCGUCUUGGACCAUUGUUCGAAACCUCGGCCAAAGUUUCACAUGGCUUUUGUCGCCGCCGCUGAUGAGAUAUACCUCUUCCUUGUGUGCCUCUCCACCAUCCGCACCGCGACGCCCGGCAAUCGUUAGCGGCC